UGGGUUCAUGCUUCAUAGAAAGUUGCACAGUAAAGAAAAUAAAGACAAACCCUUGGAAAGCAGGGUUUCUGAGAUCCUUUGGGGUCGAAAACUCCAAAUCAUUUACUCUCUUGGUAUACUAUAGAAUUUAGAUCAAUAGAGUCGACUUACUCUCAGUUUUACGUGAUCCAAAGUAUUGAUGUUUGCUUAGUCUCCAGGAAAGAUUCGGAGACUCUUCUGCAUGAUCAUCCGUUGGCCGUUGCGUUUCUUUUAGUUUGAGCUAGCGAUUUUAUUCAAAACCAGAUAUCAGCAGAUUUAAAUUCUCCCGAUGAUCAGCUUGCUUUGAAGAAGAUCAUCGACUAUCCUACUCUCAAUCAUUCGUUUAUACUGUUUGAUAUAUUCUGAUCUAACCUAAUCCUCUCAUAACUUCUAUUCAAUGGCCUCUGUCAUGGCAGCUUCCAGAACGGAGCAAUCAAUCGUUCCUUAUCAGCAAAUUAAAAUCAAAAACCCGAAGGAACAGAGCGGAGGAGCUUUCAUCUCCAACCCAGCGCCCGAGAAUUCGGACUUUUACAGGGUUAUUUUACAUCCUCAUUCAAAUUCCCUGUCAUUUUCUGUCAGCAGUCACCAUUAUCGACAAAACCAAAAGCCACCUCUGCUUCCUCUGCCAAUUUCUGCAGCUCAACAGCCUCUGAUUUCUAGAAGCCUUCGUCAAGGUUUCUCUUACCCUCCUGCACCCACUAGAAGGAACAGAAUCAGAGACGUGUCUCUCACGCCCAAGAGAUCAAAACAAGCCAAGCGAGAAGAAGGGAAGAGAGAUCUAAAAUCAGUAUCUCGAUCCAUAUCGGACCUUUUCCUCGUCCAUCCCAGCAAUCGGUUGGGACCUGACCCUGUUGACAUUCCCAAGCACCUUCCUGUCGCUUUAACCGCGGCGUCAGUGGAGAGAAAAUUUGAAACAUUUUCGGGUUCGGUGUUUAAUCUGUCUCCGCCGCCCAGCAGCUUGCCGCUACCGAAGUUUUCUCUGAGACCGAAACUCGGUGGCAAUGCUCAGGCCGCGGGCGUUGACGCCGGAGCAACCGACGAUCUUCGGCGACUUCUGCGACUCCCGUGAAGUUGGUUUUGAAAUUUCGGGGUGGAAAGUUUUGGUUGGUGCGCCCGGGAUGGCUUCCGUUAUUCAGAAGUUAGGAUUGUGUAAAUAAAACAUCAGCGACUGGUCAGCUGCUGAUCGUGAUUGUCCCCCCCUCCCCCUCCAAAUCCUCUUCUUCCCGAAAGGGGGAGAAGAAGCAUGUGAUCACCACCUACGUUUUUUUUUUUUUUUUUGAGAUGGGGUGCACUGGAGGAAGACGCUGCGUGUAGUUUUUAUAGACACGGGUCUGUCCAUGAACCAAGAUCAACAUAAGUUUAAUGUUGUCCCGUCCCUAGUAAUGUUUUGAAGCUCCAGCCAGAUCUUUUCUUUUCCUUCCCCCUUUUGUCUGGCCAACGAAGCUCCAGAUAGAAUAAAGUUUUACUAGUAAAUUUUCUUUUGGAUAAGUGUAUUGCGGAACAAUAA